CUCCCAGCUCCCGUCGCAACUACAUUUCGCUCUUUACAAUCCCAAUUUAGAUCGGAUCGCAAUCGAAUCAUCUCAUACAAUACAGAAUCAAGCAUCAGCUUCAACCAUGGCAGAAGACGCCUGUCCCGUCGACCACAAAACCCGCGACGCCUGGCUCGCCCAAGCUCGCGCCGCCGAAGCCUCCAAACAGAACCAAACACACACCCAAGUCGACCCAUCUCAGGCAUCCAAAUGCCCCGUCGAUCACUCCUCCAAGAAGCCUUCCUCCUCCUGGACCCAGACAAUCUCCUCCUACAUCUGGUCCUCUCCCUCCCCCGCCGCAAACCUCCCCGCAGACCACCCCGCGAUAUCUUCUUCUUCAACAACGCCAUCCGGCCUCGAGACCUCCCGCGUAACAUCUACCAUCCCCCGCUCCUUUGCGAAUUCGGAUGAAUGUCCCGUCGACCAUGGCGCUUCUGCGAAUCCGUCUAAUGCGGAGGUCGAGUCUGGUGUGGAUGCUUCUGGGAACUGGGUUUAUCCCUCGGAGAAGAUGUUCUUCGAGGCGAUGAAGCGCAAGGGCUAUGAUGCGCGCGAGGUGGACAUGAAGACGGUUGUGCCCAUCCACAAUGCCGUCAAUGAGCGCGCAUGGCAGCAGAUUAAAGAAUGGGAAGCUCCCUACCUGGCCGACUCAAAAUGUGACGGUCCCAAGCUCUCCUCCUUUGCCAACAAAAGCACCCGCAUGACUCCAACAGCCCGCAUCAACACCAUCCUCGGCUACACCGCGCCCUUCGACCGCCACGACUGGGUCAUCGACCGCUGCGGCACUCGCGUCGACUACGUCAUUGACUUUUACGCUGGACGGCCUGGUGGCACGGCUGGAGGCCCGAGCUUCUAUCUCGAUGUCAGGCCGAAGCUGAAUACCUUGGAGGGAGUCAAGAUGCGGGUUAUGAGGUGGACGGGUUUGGCUUAA